CAAGGGUGGGCGCCCAAGUCCGUAGCGGGGGUCCUGGAGAUGUUUAUAGGGGAUGGUUGUUGGGUUGGUUUUUUGGGGGGUUGAUUUUUCUGCCCCCCCCAACCCCGUCGGGGGCUGUCCUGAGGUUUUCAGCCCGGCCAUGGGAUGCUCGGAGGGGACCACGCCGUGGGUUCGUGGUGUGCCCAAGGGCUUUGCCAUGGGGACACGAGACCUGCCCCACAGCCAGGGGCCUCACCACGGUGUGCGGGUUUUCUCCGUCCUCUUAGGGCAUUCACCGUGGCCAAGGUCUUUGGGGUUGCCCUGUGGCCCGUGCUGCAAGCCUCAGAUGUUGGCCGUGGCCAAGGUGUUGCCCGUGGCCUUGAGGCGCUCGCCACGGCCGUGGUCGUCACCCCAGGGCUGUCACCAGGCGCUUUUCGGGGCUCUGAGGUGCUCCCCGUGGCCUUCGCUGGUGUCUUUGCCGUGGCCUUGAGGUGCUUGGCGUGGUGAAGGACUUUGCCGUAGCUCCAAGGCUCCCUUGAUGGACCUGAGAGGUUCACCAUGGCCAAGGCCUUCACCGCGGUGCUCACCGAGGCCCUGAGGCUCCCACCACAGACAAGAUCUGUGCCGAGGCCUGCGGCACGGCCAAGGUCCUCACCGUGGCCUUGAGAUGCUCACCACAGCCUUCACCACGGCCCCAACACCUGCUUUUUGGCCAGGGUCUUCACUGUGACCCCGAAGCCCUGUCCCGUGUCCCUGGUGCUUUGGCCAAAACCACCUCGCCGCAGCGCUGCGGUGCUCGCCAUCACCACGGCCCCCGUUGUGGCCCUGAGGUGCUGCCCCUGGCCAAGGUCCUCACCGUGGCCCAGAAGCAGUUGCUGUGGUGCUGAAGUCGCCGCCGUGGCUCCUGCCACAGCCCCGGGACGCUUGCCAAGGCCACGUCCCGGAGGCGCUCGCCGUGCAGCCAGAGAUGCUCACCACGGCCUCGCCGUGCUCCCCAUUGCCCUCAACGCGGUGCCGAGGCCUUGAGGCGCUCCCCAUCGCCCCGAGGGGCUGCUGCCCCCCCUCAGCGUGGCCCUGAGGCACUCGCCGUGGCCCCGGGGUGCUGGCCCGUGCCACGGUCCCACCGCACACCCCAUGACCACGACCCUCUCCGCGGCCCCCCCGUGGUAGCUGGCUGGGGGCCCUGGGUUCCUGUGGUUGGAGAGGGCUGGGGGUCCCCGCUGUCACCUCCCCCCCCCAAUGCCAUAGGGACCCUGUGGGGUGACGCGCUGCCACCACCCACCGCUGCCCUUUCCUUUUCUCCCCUCCCAGGUGCUCUCGAGCCGGGGCGAGGGGAUGAGGUGCCCCCCUGCCGCGUGGUGUGCCGAAGCGGCUCUUUAGAUCCUCCCCGGCCCGAGCCUCCCCUGCCAUGGAUGCCUCGGGGGCUCUUGCUUCGGCUCCCUCCUCCGCGGCUCCCUCGGGCUCCCGCAGCCCCAUGUUUCCCCCAGGAGCUGACAGAGAGGAGUGGGGACCGAGGUUCAAUUGUGCCCCUUCCACCUCUGCCGCAGCCUCGCAGGCGAUGCCAGCAUCUGGCCGGAAGAGGAAGGCCAACUUCUCCAAUGACGAGACCGAGACCCUGGUCUGGAAUGUGGUCCGGCAUUUCAGCGCCCUGUACGGGUCUGAAGCCCUGCGGGCUCACCCCGUGCGGCGGAAGCAGCUCUGGACCCAAAUCCAAAGCCGCGUCAACUUCCUGGGCUACACCGAGCGCUCCAUCGACGACCUCAAGCACAAGUGGCGCGACCUGCGGCUGGACGUCAAGAAAAAGAUCACCUCCAAGAAGCACCUGCCCAUGAACCGCGCCGGCGGGCCGCUGCACAAGCCGCGCCUCACCCCCCUGGAGAAGAUGGUGGCUUCCACCUUCCUGCAGGCCAGCCACGACUCGGAGCCCGAAAUCAUCCUGGACCCAGAUCUCUUCUUCCCCGGCGCCACCAAGCAAUCCUUCAUGCACCUGCAGCCCGGCGUCAGCCACCCCAGCAUCUACAUCGACACCAACGGGCAGCCCUCGUCCCUGCCCGACGUGGAGGGCUCCGCCGUGCCCCGCCUGGCGGUGCAGAGCCCGGACCCCUCGGGCAUCUGCGAGUACAGCCGAGGGGAAGGGCAGAGCAGUUCGGCCGAAUCGGGACCAGAGCUGCGGACCCCGGACAUGACAGCCAUUUCCCCGUCGCUGCGCAACGAGUCCCUGGUCUCCUACGCCUCCAUGUCGGAGGAGGAGGAACGGGAAGGCCGGGAGGGGGAGAGGGGCCACCACGGCGGGGCCAUGGGGCUGCAACCCGGGCCCGAGACCCCGAUGCCCGCGGAGGAGGACAUGAAGCUGUCCCGCCAGGCCAUGCUGAUCCGCCGCUGCAGCUCCCAGGGCUCCGUCACCUCCCUGCCCGAGGACCCCCUCAACCCCGUGGACGCUCACUCGGACUGGGGACACGAGGGGGUGUCCGACCUGCCCCCCCUGACCCGCUCGCUCGAUUCCUCCUCGCACCCCGAGGAGCAGGCGGGGGGGCCGGGCCCGGAGAUGGGCGCUUUGCCCAGGGUACUGAUGGGCCCCACCUGGGAGAAAACAACCGAGGAGGAGCCCCCGGCUCGCUCCCCGCUGCACGGCGGCGCCCUGACGGAGGAAUCGCUGCCCUCCUCCGCCUCCCCCCCGGGGGACGCCCCCGCCGCCCCCGGCCCUGCCCGCGGCUGGUGGCAUGGGCUGCUCUCGCCUCCGGGAGGAGCGCCGGGAGAGCUGGAGGACUAACAUCCACCACCUGCUGGACCUGGAGGAGCAGUGGGACCAGCUGUACCACCAGGAGCUGGCCAUGUGGCAGGAGGAACGGGCCACGCAGCGCGAGGAGAGGGCCCGCGACCGCGAGCUCCAGUUCCGCCUGCUGGGCGUCCUCACGGACAUCCGCGACGAGCUCCGUUACCUGCGCCAGGAGAGGGCCAGCGCCCGGCAGAGCCAGGCACCCCAACCCGAGCCCCAUCCGGACCCCAGCCCUCUCCUCGAGCAGCCCAAAGCCGAGCCCAGCUUCCCCGAGCCGCAGGCUGGGAACGCCAGCUGGGCAGAGCCCGCCGUGCCCAGCCGAAGCCCUUUUGGCAACCGGGGCCGGGGGCGGCGCAGGGGGCGGCCGCGUGGCUCUGCCUCCAGACACAGACGGCUCUUCCUCACCAACAGCUAGGGCAGGCGGGGACGCUGUCCCAUGAAGGACGUGGUAUGGGGACGGCUCUCCCUCCCCGGGCGUGCGGUGUGGGUGCCUGGCCACGGCACGGACCGAUGGGUGCGCUCACGGUGCCGCACGCGCGCGCGUGUUGGUGUCACGGAGGCGUGCGGCCGUGAGCGAGGUGUUAGCACCGAUUGUGCCACCGUGCCCGGACCCCGUGAGCACGGGGAAGGUGCAAGGGGACACGCCGGCGAGCCCCGGGUCAGGAGGCGGCGAGGCACACUCGUGUGCCAGGUGUGCGCGCACCCCCGGGAGGUGCCCGCGGCGGGAGGCGUGCAUGCGCGGCGCUAGUCGAGUAGGAUUUACUACCUUGGGGGGGGUGGGGAGUUAGGAACACUUAGUUGCGGACGCGCCAACAUUUUAUGCAAAUCAUUUAAUGACCUAAUUUGCAUAUAACCGUAAACCUCUGUUAAAAAAAAAAAGAAAAAAAAAAAUCCCCCAAAAAACAGAAAAGCCA